ACUUCCGGUUCCGCCGGGGCCCAGAAGCCAGGCUGACAAAUGGCGGCGUCCACGAAACAGGCCACCGGGGGCGUUGAAGAGGCCGCGGCGGAAGAGGAACCGCGAAUUCUGGAACCCGGGGCCGCCCCGUUUGGAAAUUUCCCUCAGUAUUCCCGCUUCCAUCCUCCAGAACAGCGGCUCCGCCUCUUGCCCCCGGAGCUGCUCCGCCGGCUUUUCCCUCAGAGUCCCGAAUCGAGGCCGAUCCUGGGGCUCGACGUAGGGUGUAACUCUGGGGAUCUGAGUGUGGCUCUAUACAAACACUUCCUUUCCUUACGUGAUGGGGAGACCUGCUCAGAUGCCUCAGGAGAACUCCAUCUACUCUGCUGCGACAUAGAUCCAGUCCUGGUGGAACGAGCUGAAAAAGAAUGUCCUUUUCCUGAUGCCCUGACCUUUAUCACCCUGGACUUUAUGAAUCAAAGAACCCGGAAAGUUCUCUUGAGCUCUUUCUUAAACCAGUUUGGACGGUCAGUUUUUGACAUUGGCUUCUGCAUGUCAGUAACCAUGUGGAUUCAUCUGAACCAUGGGGACCGUGGUCUGUGGGAGUUCCUAGCCCACCUUUCCUCCCUCUGCCGCUACCUCCUUGUGGAGCCUCAGCCCUGGAAGUGUUACCGGGCAGCUGCAAGGCGUCUCCGGAAGCUGGGCCUCCAUGACUUUGACCACUUCCGUUCCCUUGCCAUCCGAGGUGAUAUGGCCAAUCAGAUUGUGCAGAUCUUGACCCAGGACCAUGGCAUGGAAUUAGUAUGCUGCUUUGGCAACACCAGCUGGGACCGAAGCCUUCUGCUCUUCAGGGCAAAACAAGCCACAGAGACUCAUCCAAUUCCUGAAUCACUGGUAGACGAAGGGAAAGAAAAGAACAGAUUAAGAUCCUGGAGACAGUGAAAUGGGAGGGUGGGAAGGCCAGGAAAGAGAUAUUGAAAGAGUGUUAUACAAAGAAUUAAGUUCACUGUCCUUAAUUGGCGAUUGUAAGGCAGCCUCAAAACCUGGCAGAAACUUUUGGCAAAAUGUCCAAGACAUGCAAUUGAAAGAAUCAGUAUCUAUUCCCCACUGUUUGAGUUGAUUCUGGAAGAAGAGACUAUCUGUGGAGCAAUGAGCUGGGCUCUCCGGAUUGAGAUGGCAUAGAAAAAGUGAUCUUGGUUCUAGGAUAUGGAGGGGGCUGCUUCUAGUGGUUAGAGACUUAGCCCAGGCUAGCCUUAGAAUGUAUCUGUUCCAUGGGCAACUUGAAUCUGAUCUGGCUUCUUCAGGCUUUUGCUGGACUUCCUUAUCCUGCCUUCAGGCAGCACCUCACAAUACAAUCUGGAAUGAAGAGUCACUGCCUUGGCUAAAGGAGAGAAUUAGUAUGAAAAUCAUCUUAUCUUUCCAGAGCAGGUCAUGUAUCCAACAUGCCCAGGCUCAGCACAGCAUGUAACAGAUACUAGCCAAAAUGCGCUGGCUAGCAUUUAUAAGAUGUUUAAAAGAUUUAAAUUAUGACCCAAUAUCCAGCUGGUACAAAUACAAUGAAUGAAGUGGGACUGUAUAAUUAUAUAUAAUAAAAGUGACUUGAGUAUGAUUGA